CAAGGCUUUGGGGUCAAAGGAGACCCCCUGGAGCGCUCCGAGCGCUGGGACCUCUGCUGCAGGAGCCUUAACAUUUUAGCACUUGAAGAAGGGCCUGGCUGGAGCUCCCCUUCCUCUGCCUGGACUUUUGGGGGAUCCUGGAUCAUGUGUCCUGGAUGAACCUACUCUGAAUCACUUCACUGUCCCUGAGCGGGAGCAGCAAAGAAUUCCGUUCUGAGUACGAUGGAUGCACUCGGCCUGAAAGUGGAAGCCGGGCACUCAUCAGGCUCCCCAGGGACCCUGAAGAAGUACUUUGUGAAGGCUCUCCACCGCCUCCAGAAGGGGCCCGGCUACUCCUACAAGGAGCUGCUGGUCUGGUACUGUGACAACACCAACACCCACGGGCCGAAGCGGAUCAUCCGGGAAGGCCCCAAGAAGAAGGUGGUCUGGUUCUUCCUGACGCUGCUCUUCGCCUCCCUGGUCUUCUGGCAGUGGGGCAUCCUCAUCAACACCUACCUCUCCUACAACGUCACUUCCUCCCUGGCCAUCGGCUUCAAGUCCAUGACCUUCCCCGCCGUCACCAUUUGCAACGCCAGCCCUUUCCGGUAUGACAAGGCAAAGCCCUACUUGAAGGACUUGGACGACCUCAUGGACGCAGCCCUGGAACGGAUCCUGCGCUCUGGCCAGGAGAACGAGACGGACGCUCCUCCGGCCAACGAUAGCCAGAAGCUCAACUUGCGCCUGUGGAACCAGAUCCCCUUGGUGGUGAUCGACGAGAGCAAAGGGGCCGACCCGGUCGUCCUGGACAUUCUCGGCAACGACUCCGUCAGCUUGGGGGCCCUCCAGAACUACUCCUCUUUCGCCACCCCGGAAGGCAGGAGAUACAAGUUGGCUCUGAAGUUGUGCACCGACAAGGGCUCCCGCUGCACCUUCAGCAACUUCACCAGCGCCGCGCAGGCGGUGACCGAGUGGUACGUCUUGCAGGUCACCAGCAUCAUGUCUCGUGUGCCCGUGAGCAAGCAGAUCGAGAUUGGCUACCAGGCGGAGGACAUGAUCCUGGCCUGCCUCUACGGGGCAGAGCCCUGCAAUUACAGAAACUUCACCCGCCUUUACCACCCGGACCACGGCAACUGCUACGUCUUCAACUGGGGGAUGUCCAAGAAGCCUCUCAUCUCCUCAAACCCUGGGGCCGAGUUUGGGCUGAAGCUCAUCCUGAACAUCAGCCAGAGCAACUACAUCCCGUACCUCACCACCACUGCUGGGGCCCGGCUGAUGCUGCACGAACAGAGGAGCUUCCCCUUCCUGAAGGACCAGGGCAUCUACGCCAUGGCAGGGACGGAGACCUCCAUCGGCGUCAUGGUGGAUGAACUUCAGCGCAUGGGCUCCCCUUACAGUGACUGCACCGGGAACGGCUCCGACAUCCCCAUCCGGAACCUGUAUGAGAACUACCCGGUGUUUCAGGAUGGGGCCAACGCUGCCGAGCCCUGCAUCACCUGCACAGACGCAGAGAAUGGGACAGGAGGAGGAACGUACCAAACGCUGUAUUCAAUCCAGGCCUGCCUGCGCUCCUGCUUCCAGGCUCAGAUGGUGGAGACGUGCCACUGUGCCCACUACUCCGUCCCUCUGCCGGAGGGAGCAAAUUACUGCAACAACGAAGCUUAUCCAGACUGGGCGUACUGCUAUUCCGCUCUGCACGCCAGUGUGGCGCACCGGCAGUUUUGCAUCCAAUCCUGCAAGGAGACCUGCAACAACACCCAGUACAAGAUGACCAUUUCCAUGGCGGACUGGCCUUCGGAGGCUUCUGAGGACUGGAUUUUCCAUAUUUUGUCCUACGAAAGAGACACGUCCACCAGCACGACAUUGAAGCGAAACGGGAUCAUCAAACUCAACAUCUAUUUCCAGGAGUACAACUACCGAACCAUCUCGGAGUCGGCAACCACCACGAUUGUCUGGCUUCUUUCCAGUCUGGGUGGCCAGUUUGGCUUCUGGAUGGGGGGCUCGGUCCUCUGCCUCAUUGAGUUUGGCGAAAUCAUCAUCGACUUCCUGUGGAUCACCAUCCUGAGGCUGAUCGGUUGGGGCCGGGGGCUGAGGCAGAGACCGAGGAGGCCCCAGCGCACCAGCACCCUUCCAACGGUAUCCGGGGAACUGGAAGCCUACACCAACCUAGCCUUCCAAGGGGACGGGCCCCCGGGUGAGCCCACGAAGGGCAGCCCGUCUGCCCGGGAAGUGCCGUCAGAACCGGGCACCCCACCACCCAGGUACAACUCCUUCCGGGGGAGGGCCACCCCCCAACAUCCGGUGGAGCCAGAUCAUGAUGGAGAGGCAUCGGCAGAGGACCAGGAGGCGACUUAAGCCCCAGCCUGGGUGGGAGGAAGACCAGAGGCACCCACCGGUCACCCCCUCCGGGACCUGCGUGGCACCGCCCGCGUCAACACUCACCGAGCCACCCCCUUUCUCUCUGUCGCCCUGCGUCCCAACGGAAGCACAGCAGAUUCCCCAUCUGGCCUCUCAAGAGGGCCAAGGUUCCUUCGGAACCAUGCCAGGCAGGGAGGUGGGUGGUCCCCUCCCCACUCUAAGCACUCCUUUCACCCUCACUUUGCUGGACACGCUGAUGUUGCACACAGAACGCGGUGGGCGCGAGAGGCCCCCUCCUGGCCCAGCCAAGGACCCCCUUUCUCCUCUCGGGGACCCUCGGCCACAGCACGCCGGCCAGCGGUCCUGCCCCAGGCCUCCUCCUCCUGCUGCUGCUGCUCCUCUCGGGUCAGGCCAGGGCAGCAUCCUCCCGGCAACCUUUGCCCCAUCUCCCCACGGAGGGAGGUUCCCGGGCGCUCCACAUUCAAGAGCCGGAUCUGCUGAAAGAAAGACGGGUCCCCGCUGCCCCCCCCCCAGGCGGGCUUGCUUUGUUGCCAUUUAGCAGCCUUUGUGGAGUUCCUGCAGGGCCAGCAAUAAAAGGAAAGGAGGGCACCAGCUUCUCUGUCUCCUGGAACCCC